AUGAUUCACGCUGUACUCAUAUUUAAUAAAAAGUGUCAACCAAGGUUAGUCAAGUUUUACACACCAGUAUAUUUACCUAAGCAGAAACUUUUAUUAGAACAAGUUCAUGAAUUGAUAUCCCAGAGAAAUAGUGAUUUCCAGAGUUCAUUUUUAGUUACACCACCUUCAUUGUUGACUACUAGCUCUGAUAGUGAUUCCCUUGAUGAUGAGGAUAUUCAGAUUAUUUACAAAAAUUAUGCUACUCUUUAUUUUACAUUCAUUGUGGAUGAUCAAGAAUCUGAAUUAGCAAUAUUAGAUUUAAUUCAAACGUUUGUGGAAGCACUUGAUCGCUGUUUUACAGAAGUUAGUGAGCUGGAUCUCAUUUUCAAUUGGCAAACUUUAGAGAGUGUCCUGGAAGAAAUUAUUCAAGGUGGCAUGGUAAUAGAUACAAAUGUGAGCAAUAUUGUUAGUUCCGUUGAUGAAUUAAAUAGGGCUUCUGAACAAAGUGAUGGAUCCGUAGCAAGGUUAGCGUCUUCUAGCUUUAGUAGCGCUCUGCAAGCAUUUGCCAGUGGUGGAUUUGCACAGUGGGCUUCGGGACAAUAA